UAUAAGAAGUCGUUGCUCCUCACUGUGAAUCUCGAUUUCGCUAUCACGUCUAUUCACCUAUAUGGAACCAAACUGUGGAGAGUUCUUGUCACUUAAACGAACGGAACAAGAAAUGAUGCAUCGGAACGACCCGGUUCAAGAAGAAGAAGAAAAAAAAAUAUGUGGAAGAAAAAGGUGUGUAAACAAACAACCGUAGGCCAAGGAAUCGAAAGCAUGCAGAGCUAAUAAUUUCUAUAUAUAGGACAACACAACUUGGUCCCGCUUAGCUUGCUGGAUAUUGCACCACAAAUUGGUUUAGUCCUCAUCACCAAAACAAACAAUCAAUCAAUCAAUUGUAAAGAGAGAUGCGACUCCAUUCCAGAAAUCAACUCCCGCUGGCUAUAUCAGGAAACCAGAACAAUGAACCCUUCUCUUUCUCUCAUCCCUUAGUCGCUUCAUCUCCACCACAAAACCACCCUUCUUUUGUCUCUGGCGAUCUAUAUCGGCGGACUUUUUUGGACUCUGUAAAUUAAUUAAAAUUAAAGGGUGUGUUUUUUUUUUUUGAAGUAUUAAUGUGUUAAGAUUAUGUGGUAUAUUGAGGAUGUGUAUAGAUUUUUCAAGAAUUAAUAUGUUGUUUGGACAAUAUAACGAAUGUAUGUAUGCCCGAAUUUAAAAGUAUAUUUGAAAACUAUGUGGACAAAAGCAUCAUCAGUUAGUAGUGAAAUUGUUAAUCCAUCAUUUUUUUUAAUGAACAAAAGUAUGUGCAUAUGUAGUUUCAGAUUAUGCCUUCACCUUGGUUCAAAAUAAGUUAAAAUACAAUGUAUUUUUUUCUCUCUAUAUGCAUGUAUUCCGAUGAUAAUAAAAGUAUGGUUUGUAGGUAGGGGUGUCAGUGCGGGUCGGGUUCGGUUACCCAAACCGAAACCCGAAAAAACUCGAAAACGAAAACCACUAAAACCGAACCCGAUAAGGACUUGCGGGUUCCGGUUACCCGAAACCCGAAAAUUCCUUAUUGGGUUCGGGUUCGGUUAAAGUAAAACCGAAACCCGAAAACCCGAAUGCCUAAGAAUACGAGUUGAGUUCUAUUGAUUGGAGGUUUUUAUCCGGAACCCGAAAAACCGAUAAGCAAAACCGAACCCGAAACUGGAAAACCCGAAACCCGAAACGAACCCGAACCUGAAAAACCGAAAAUGUAUAUAAUCGGGUCGGUUUCGGGUAACCCGAAAAACAGAACCCGAAUCGACACCCCUAUUUGUAGGUCUAUUGUGACAAGUUAGCGAAAUGAUAUUAGAGUAUCGGUGCAACUGAUAGUAUAUCUUCUCUAUAAUAAUAUAUUAGUUUUAAAAUAAAAGAAAUAAUACAUUGAUAAUUACAUUCAUCAAUCAUCAUACAACAUAGUAGUUUUUACGAUUCAACUUAAUGCAUUAUAUUAUCCUUAAACAAAACAACAAGCGGAAACAUACAAAUUGAGUGGGCACAGGGAAGAGUUUGACCUCAACUGUUGCCGUCAUUUACAGCAGCAAAUUGAGCUGCUGGGAUGUCUUUGUUUUUUUGCUGUGCAAUCAUGCUAAGGACACUGCCAUGACUUUUUCCUUCUUCUCUUCUCUUUUCUCCCUCUGCUACCUGCCUUAAUUUAUGGCCUUAUAAAUAAUCACAUGCCUGAAUCCUUCUCAUCUUCUCUCUCUCUCCCUCCACGUUUUCCCCACACACUCACUUUUCCUCCUACCUAUCUCUCCACUUUCCUUCCUUCCUUCCCAUAUGGACACCAAAGUACUAUCCUCAGGUGUCCCCUUCUCCCACCUCCCUCCGAGCUACGUCCGGCCCGAAUCCGAACGCCCCCAACUCUCCGACGUCGUCCACGGCCUCGACAUUCCGGUCAUCGACCUCUCUCUCGCCGACAGGUCGCAGACCGUCGCGCAGAUUGGUGACGCCUGCACCAACUUCGGCUUCUUUCAGGUGAUUGGCCACGGGGUUGGGUCGGGUGCGACGGAGGAGAUGCUGAGGGUGGCGACGGAGUUCUUCCAGCUGCCGGUGGAGGAGAAGAUGAAGCUCUACUCCGACGACCCGGCGAAGACGAUGAGGUUGUCCACGAGCUUCAACGUGAAGAAGGAGAAAGUGCAUAAUUGGAGGGAUUACUUGAGGCUCCACUGUCAUCCUCUCCCUAAGUACGCACCUGAGUGGCCUUCCAAUCCAUCUUCUUUCAGGGAAACGGUCAGCAAUUACUGUCAAGAGGUCCGGCAGCUAGGGUUCCGGCUGGAAGAGCUGAUCUCCGAGAGCCUAGGGCUGGAGAAGGACCACAUAAGUAAGGUGUUGGGAGAUCAAGGCCAGCACAUGGCCGUCAACUUCUACCCGCCAUGUCCACAGCCAGAGCUCACCUACGGCCUGCCGAGCCACACCGACCCGAACGCCCUCACCAUCCUGCUCCAGGACCAGCUCGUCGCCGGCCUCCAGGUGCUCAAGGACGGCAAGUGGAUCGCCGUCAACCCCCACCCGGACGCCUUCGUCAUCAACAUCGGCGACCAGAUCCAGGCUCUGAGCAACGGGAGGUACAUGAGCGUGUGGCACAGGGCGAUCACGAACACGAAGACGGCCAGGCUGUCGGUCGCUUCCUUCCUGUGCCCUCAGGAUGAUGCACUGAUCAGCUCGCCCCAGGAGCUGGCUCGAAGGGAUGGAUCUUCAGGGGCAAUGUACAGGGGAUUCACGUAUACAGAGUACUACAAGAAGUUCUGGAGCAGGAAUCUGGAUCAGGAACACUGCUUGGAGCUCUUCAAGAACACAAUUGAAUAAGAGUGCAGUCUUUCAAGAGCCCAUUAUGCUACCUUCAUUCUUUUCCCUGCGCUAGUUAUUAUGUGUAUUGUUUUCGAUCAAAUGUGUCAAGCAUCUGUGAUAUAUAGAACUUUGAAUCAUCUUCAGGCAAUUCGUUAGCUUAUUAGGAGCUUCCAACUAUUAGAGUAUAAGCAGUAUGAAUAUUAUAAGAAUACUAUUAGGAAUUAUAGUAGUAGAAAUAAUAACACAACCUUGAUGCGGUCCUUUUCUUCAAAAAUUAUAUCUUUAGGAUCGUUUAAGUUGUUUUCAGAUAAUGAUAUUGUAGUAGAAACUUGGGUUAUAUGAUGAAAGUAACAUGAUCUAUGGCAAAAAAAAAAAAGAUGAAAGUAACAAGUAGGGCUGGGAAAUUGGGUUCGGUUUUUCGGGUUAACCCAAAACCAAACCGAUAGCUAUUCUGUUGGUUUCGGGUUUUCGGGUUGAACCCGAAGUAUGAGUGUGACGGUUUCGGUUUUGACUUACAACUGGGAACCGAUAAGAACCCGAAUCCGUCGAUUGGGUCUCUCACGGUGAAACGACAACCGAUUUGUUACUGAAGAAGAAGAAGAAGAUCAAGUGCACUUCAUUCGAGAUCCGUCCAAUCCCUUCGCCGCUUUUUGGGUUUUUGUUACUGGGUUCCUCUUUUAUUUCAUCGGCGACAAGAUCGGAGACUCAGCUCUCUCCAAUCCCCCUCUUUGACUAAGGGCAAACGAUUCCAGCCGCCGAUCGACCCAUCAACGACGAAUGGACAUAAGCAGACCGCAGACGUCGAGAUCAACGAUUUACCCAACAAAUCCUCUGCGUUCGAAGCUCCCCAUAUCUCAUAUCUAUAGAAUAAGGGUAGAACCGAGACAUUAAAAAUGUUAUCCCAGAAGCAAUAGUCUCUCGAGCUUCGACGAAACCGUCCCUGUUUCUGCUCCUGCCGGCAAUAAUCUGGACAGGAAAGAAGCAGAGCACGAUGACGAAAGAUUUUUUAAUGGAAGUGAAAACGUGGAGGGAACAUAACAAGAAAGAAAUAAUACCAUUAUUGCUCUCAUCUCACCUCCUCUCUCUCUCCAAAAGAAAGAAAUAAUGGAAACGAAAAUCUCGAGGGAGUAUGUGAAGGUCAAGAUAGCAUCCGGCCAUCCACCAGUGAUAAAGAAUAAUAUAUUCAAAAUAAAAAGACCAUUAUUUU